AUGCGCGCGUAUGCCGAUGCAGGAGCUCAGCGGCCUCCCUUGCCCUCCCCUCCCGGCAGGGCUGAGUUCAAGGCCGAGGUGCUGCAGAAGAAGCGUGAGGCUCUGCUGUCCCAGGAGGACUCGGUGAAGCUGACGGAGGAGCACCGGCGCCUGAUGGCCUGGAAUGAGGCGGAGAACGCCCGGCAGCGCGCACGCAGAGAGGAAAGACUUAGGAAAGAAGAGGAAGAACGGAAGAGGCACAAGCUACAGGCUGCGGAGAACAAGGCCAGGAUAAUGGAGGCUUUCCUGAAGGAGAAGGAGAAGGAAGUUCUCCAGCUGCAGGAGGAAGCCAAAACCUUCAUCACCCUUGAGAACCUGGAGGCGCGGAUUGAGGAGUGCCUGGACAACCCUCGCAACUACAACUUCGCCAUCGACAAGGACGGGCGGAUCGUCAAACGGACGGUGUUGUCUUAGCAGCCCCGGCCUGGGGCGGGGAGGGUGCUGGCCUGGUUUCUGUCCAGAAGCGCUGUUUACAAGCCGGUGUCUUCCUUUUAAUGUAUAAAUGAACCACAGAAUUGUUAGAGAAAGCCUGCAGGUCUGGCUGUGGCUCUUCUGAAGGGUGAAUGCCUGCGGGAAGGAGGGCAAGGGGGAAAUUUGGGCUUGCAUUGAGCAAGCAGAGGCGCCAGCCCUGCGAGGGAGUGGAGGAGCUGUGGUGUUCCUGUGCCUGGCGCUCUGACUCCCCGCCAUUCCACCUCCCCCCUG